CCAACUCUCAUCCAACGUUAUCCACUUCAAAUCUCACUCAAUUCACAACCACCUUGCUCCGUCGCUCAUCGGCCCAAGUUGAGCCAUGACGCUCCCUAUCUCCACGACCAGAGUCCAUUGCCACCACCCUUCUCUUCUUCCUUCUAUAACUUCACACCUCAAUCCCAAGCACACCAACAAUGAUGAACUGCUUCGCCUCUUCAGGAGUAUAAAACCCACAAGACUUACUCCAACAUUCACUUCGUUAAGGGCGGGCUCCGCCAUCUCUGAUUCGCAUUAUUCAGUGGUUCUCGCCGCCACUAAUCCACCCAAGUCCGGAGACAUAUCGGUGAUUCUCAAAACCAGUGCUGUGAUGCUCUUCAUGUACUUCAUUGCAAACUUUUUCGUUCCAAGUAUUAUCUCCAACUCCAAGUCCUCAGAAUUCGACGAGGAAAAAAAAGAUUCAAGUCCAAAAGCCUAACAAAGAAAUUCCUGUAAUUUAACAACACUUACAAAUAUGUACUUUCCGACUGAGGAGAUUCGACUUUUCCAUUUUUCCGUUUAAGUUAUCAAACUUGUAUUUUUGUGCGCAAAAACAGGCCUCACCUAAAAUGCUAUUAAAAAUUAAUAAUAAGGAUUUUCGUUUCAAUUUA